ACCGGACUCAACAUCCGGGUAACCAGGGAGAAGCAAUCGACCCCUGUCUCAAUUCAUCCAAAUGCAGCCAAUCAAGUUACGCACCAUUGGUCAUGUGACACCAACACAGGUAGGACAGAUCAGCCAUGUCUACCAACGCGGGAGACGGUGCUUCUGAACAACUGCUUAAUCAUCUUUUAGAAAGAUUUCGCUCUCGACGCAUGGCUGAGUCUGAUCUCUCGAUUAGAACAUAUUCUGGGACGCAUGCCUCUGGACCUGGACUUCUUAGAGUUCACUUGCACACAAGAACUUGUGUUUUUAAAUGCUGUGUCCAGUCAAGUAACUGUUUGUCCAGCUAUUUUAGAUGCACUGACACAGCUACACAGUCUCAUCAACUUGGAAAAACACAAAAGGAAGCAACACAUUGCAGUUGUGCAGUUUGAGCAAGGACCAGCUGGGCGACAGCGGAUGACCAUAUCCUCAGACUACCUUAGCAAACUUCUGGAACUUAAUUUGUCUGUUCCGUGUAUUGCUAAACUCUUGGGGGUGUCCAGACGUACAGUAUACCGACGCAUGGCUGAGUCUGAUCUCUCAGUAAAGGCACUCUACAGCCCUAUGACAGAUGAAGAGUUAGAUGAGUGUGUGAGAGAGAUUAAAUCUAGGCAGCCUAACUCUGGAUAUCGCAUGAUGAAGGCCCUUCUGCAAGCCAGAGGACUGAGGGUGCAGUAUAACCGUGUCAGAGCAUCCAUGCACCGUGUUGACACAAUUAGUGUCAUAAAUCGAAUGCUCCAUGUAGGGUGUGUAGCUAGACGGACCUACUCAGUACCAGGACCCCAGUCUUUGAUGCACAUUGAUACGAACCAUAAAUUGAUUCGCUACAACAUUGUUGUCUUUGGAGGCAUUGAUGGGUUUUCUCGCAAGAUACUACAUCUUGGUGCAGCCUCAAACAACAUGGCCUCAACCACCCUGGCAUUCUUCCAGGAAUCUGUCGACAAGUUUGGUGUUCCUCUCAGGGUACGUGGAGAUCAAGGCGUGGAAAACGUUGACGUUGCACGCUUCAUGUUUACAGUCCGUGGCACUGGAAGGAGCAGCUUUAUAUCUGGCAAGAGUGUUCACAACCAACGCGGCUGUGGAGAGACCUGUGGACAGCUGUUCAUUGCAUCUAUUAUGAUGUCCUGCACUACCUUGAAGAAGAGGGCUUCCUCACCAUCGGCAAUCAAAUACACCUCUUCUGCUGCCACUUUGUUUUCCUCCCACGCCUGCAGGAUGACUUGGAUAUAUUCCGGAAUGGUUGGGACAACCAUCCGCUCAGAACAGAGAGCAACAUGACCCCCAACCAGCUGUGGGAGCUGGGUCGCAGACAUU